AUGGCUGGACAAGCGGAAGAUCAAAGUCAGCACGCCAAUGUGCUGCUGUACGUCUUUGUGGGCAUCUAUUUCUGCUUGUUGGUGGUUGUGGCCAAGAUUGCACAUAGCAAAAAGGUCAAGGCCAUUGAAAGCCAUGGCGAGAUCAAGGCUCACUUCUCUGGAUCCUAUGGGGCAAUUUCCCUCUUCCUUACCACCUUCUCCACGAUCUAUUCAGGUUACACUGUGAUUGGAAUCCCAGAGGAAGCCUUUGCGCGAGGCUUCGUAGCCUUGCGAUGGAUCGGGGCCACCCUGGUAAUCGUCGCAGGCAUGUUAUUAUUCAACCCGCGACUGCGUCGAGUCGCGGCUGUUCGCGGCUACACCAGUCCCCAAGACUUUCUCAAUGACCGCUACGGCACCCUCCGCUUGCGACUGCUGUGUGCAGUCUGUGGAGUCAUUCCCAUCAUGAGUUACAUCACUGCUCAGAUCGUGUCCUUCUCGGCGAUGCUUCAAGGCAUGACCUUAGGAGCCAUUCCAAAGUGGGCGUGCAUGGUGAUUUUCUGUGUGAUGAUCCUUACCCUGGAAGUUUUGGGUGGGAUGAACAGCGUGGUGCUCACAGAUGUGGUUCAAAGCAUCCUGAUGAUCGCCUCGUUUCUCACGAUUCCAGUGGUGGUGGCCGCGGAGUAUGGCUGGCUGCCGGCCAUUGGACCGUCCGACUGCGGAUUCUUGAGGAAUGUGUCUCCCAAUGUCACGGACAUCUUUUCCGUGCCAGAUGAAUGCAUCGGGGCAGCCCAUGGCUGUGUUGCAGCAGGAUGCAUUGAAGCAGUGAAUCCAGAGUUCUACCAGUUUCCGACUAGAUCCACUUGUUGCGAGAUUGUCUUCUUCCUACUGAAUAUGUUGGUGACGCCCUUGUCGCCACAUAUUGUGCAGAGGACCUACAUCGCAACCAGUGAUGCAGACAUGCGAAUCGUGAUGGGUGCCAUGCUGCUGGCACCGUUCAUCGCACAGACGCCAGGUAUCAUUAUGGGCCUCACUAAGAGCGCCUAUGAUCCCAUGUGGCCUGUGGUGGAUCAAGAGGCUACGGCAUUCUCCGGCUUGAGCGCACAGUUGAAGAUGGUAGGAUGGUUCCAGUACUUCCUUGUCACUAUGAUGACUUGUUCCACCCUGGCUGCCAUCAUGUCCACUGCAGAUUCGGCUGUCAUGGGUGCCUCAAGCAUUGUGUCCAUUGAUGUGGUGAAAGGUAGUCUCUUGCCAAAUCUGUCAACAAAGAACGUGGUUCGCCUGGGUGAAGCCACGUCAGUGAUCAUUUGCAUCUUGGCCAGCAUCAUGGGCAUGUAUUGCAACGAUGAACAGCUGGGUACCAUGAUCGUCUUCCAGGGAGGCAUGAACAUGCAGCUUCUACCUGCCUUUGGCCUUGGGCUGUAUUUCCCAAUCAAGGAAAUUGCAGUGACGAGUGGUAUCAUUGCGGGGCUCAUUUCUUUGGUCAUAGUCCUGAUCGUUGGUAAUCCGGUGGAGGACUAUGUGCCCACUGUCUACAUCUCAGCUGCCAUCAACUUCCUCAGCGUCGCGCUGGUCCAAGGCAUCUGCUCCGCUCGGCCGAGACAUGAAGCCGUUGCCGGGGAGGCGCUGAGCAUCGGCAGUGUGCGAGACGCCAUGUCAACGUCCCGUGAGCCGAAGCUGGUGCUUGUGGCGUUGAUGCUUGGCAUCGCUGUCGCUUCUGCUCCAUGGUAUGGUACCCCAGGUGAGGAGGAGGAGAUCAUCUAUGGCCUUCCCCGUUGGGGACUUUUCCAACUUGCAGCCUUUGUGAUGAUGUUCUUCGUGGGGGGUGUGGCCUGCGCUCUGUGGAAACCUCCAAUGGAUAGUAAGGUUGUCAAAGGUUUGGAGACUGCGACCUGA